UUCUCGACAGAGCGCUCAGCUACUCUUCCUACCUUCAAGAAUUGAAACUUGUUGCACUUGACUCGAAGGUAUAAAACGCAUCCAUUGAUCAGCCCCAAGUCAAGUUGCACAAGCUACAAUCGCUAUAUAUACCCGGUUGUCUUGCUUAAAAUGGUGCUCUUUCCCCGUCGCUGGUUCGGUCGCUCAUAUCCACCCGAGUACCUCGCCCAACACGACAUCAAGAAUGAAAUGUCAGGCGCAUCUUACGCCAAUGAUGAAAGAGAUACUGUACCAAGAAAGAAACCAAAGGCAGAUUCUACACCCAACGCUUCAAACCCAACUACCAUGGAGCACAGAAAGGAAUGCACCUUUGCCUCUGACGUUCCCAAAGUGCCCAUUCGUUCGAGUCUCAUAGAGACCGAGACGAUGGAAAACAAACUAGCUAAGGCUGACUUUCAGAACAUGACUGAAGUAGAUUACAAUAUCAUUGACUUUGUUCGACAAGUCUGGAAGUUCGGUCCUGAAGACCUUCCUCGUCGCGAGAAAGGAUACCAGUUCGACAGAGCGAACUGCUCUCUUUACGCUGCCAAACGAUACAUCAAAGAUGACACGUAUCAAAAGCAGCGUAUCACGGGAAACAAGGAGUGCUGUCGCGCGUUCGAGAACAUUAUCACAGGCCUUUGCAAAGAUUUGGAUGAAGCUCAGCGAUCUGAGACGUGCGGGUUUCCUGGCGUGUUUAGGUUGCACGACCGGGCUCCGGCUAGUGACGUCGUAGACUUCAGACCAGACUUUGGGUACGUGCCUGAGACAGAGCUGACAGAUCACAUGUGGGCCAGCUGGGGAGCCUAUGGAGAGCUAAAGAAGCGAAAAAUCACACCUGACAAAGCUCCAGUGGUCACGAACGACAUGCUUGACAUGCUCCUCAACCGAUCUGAAAAUUCUCAAUUACCAGGUGGCAACAAGAGUCGGAGGACACAAUCUGUCCCACCGAAUUUUCAGGAGGAGAUUCCUCCUUCUAUUACUGAAAGUCCUACUUCAAGUCGGAAGCGCAAAGCCGGCAGCGAGUAUGAAUCUUCACCACCCAAACGUCGCAAGAUAGUACACACGGUGCCAAUUUCUGACCUUCCACAUGGCGUGAGUUUCACAGAAGACGAUUUUCAGGCCGCGAAGUAUGUCGACAAGCUUAUAUCGCAUGGGAUUCGCAACUAUGCCAGUGGAUUCGUUGUCGAGGAGACGAAGAUGUCCCUUUGGUACACUGAUCGUAUGGGUCUGGUCAAGUCAAAGGGGUUUGACAUAUUUGACGAACCAGAGUAUUUUCUUCUUGUGAUCGCUGCUCUUCAUUUUGCCAGCCCCCCGAAGCUUGGCUUUAAUCCCCUCAUUGAAUACACACAGAAGUCUAUUCAAAGUUACGAGAAGGGAGUCCUUAAGCUAUCUCGUUCAUACGAUAUCACAGGACGGGAAUUGAAAGAUCUCUCGUUCCUGUUGAACGUCUCGGCAGAGAAGCCCCUUACGGUUGCACGCGGUGCUGUAGGACGUGGAACGACGGUGUUUCCGAUCCAGGCUCUCGGGGCUGCGAAGGAUCUCUUCGAGGACGAGGGCUUAGUUGCCAAAUUUUCCUGGCAGCCAACGAACCGAGUGAACGCUGAGGAUGGCAUCAUUCGAGUUAUUCGACAGAAGAUUGGAAAGAGCAGGACGAAGAAACAUCUCUUGAAGCAUAUUGUCGACCUCAAGUGCUCCUUAGAUUUGACGGCCUCGGAGCUCGGUCUGCCGAGGGCAUCAAUGUAUCUGUCAGAAGCCUGCGAGCUUCGCAUCUUCCGCGUUCUCAUCGUGAAGGAGUACCUGCCUUUAGAAUGUGUACGCCGCGUGGCCGAAUUUGAACGAAUCUUUAUCGACGUGGUGCAAGUGCAUCGGUAUGUUUUCGAUACGGUCAAAAUCCUCCAUGGUGAUAUCAGCGUAAGCAAUGUCAUGUUCUACCGGGAACCCGGGGGGAACGUGAUUGGGGUGUUAUCGGACUGGGAUCUUUCGACGUAUAAGAAUGGCCCCUUGGUUUUUGACGAAGUGGAGGGUGAUUUCCCCUUGACCAUUCCCCAAGAUAAGGAGAGACAAGCUGCCGAAGACGAGUCUGUCGAAGAGCAGCUCCAGAUGAAGAAACCAAGGAACAAGGCAGGGACAGGCCCCUUCAUGGCCUUGGAUCUGUUGGGCUCCACACCAAUCCUGCAUCGUUACCGACAUGACCUAGAGUCUUUCUUCUAUCUGCUUUGCUACUUCUGCGCGACUUUUGUUCCCCCGAAGCCCCACCAAACCGAGGGAUCCUUCAAAUUCCUCCCUGGAUGGGAACAUUCCAACCUGAAAAGUGUUUGCAUUGCGAAGAAGGCAUUUCUGAACAGCCAAGGCCGUGGGUUUCAAACUCUCUUCGCAGAAACGCACAAGUCGUAUCGACCAUUGCUCGGGAAAUGGGUUGAGCCCCUUUGGUUGCAGUUCAAUGAUAUUCGUGGCAUUGCUGAGGAGCUUGAGAAUAAGUACGGACAUGCCAGGCUUGCCUGGGAGUUCAGGCAUGUCGAUGGCGAGGCAAAAUAUCUGGAGUCUCUGCGAUCUCUAAAGAAGGUCGCUAACAAAGCUGACAGGAUUAUCACCUACAAGAAAUUCAUCCGAGUGUUACUGAGAUAAAUGGUGUUGUACGCUGAUGAAUGAUACUCUAUACUGUGUCUUACCUCCAAAGCGAAUUAUAUUCGCUCUCACCGUGCCCUUAUCCGGGUCCAGAAUGUCAUAAGAGGUCAAUGGUGAAGGAGUGUCGGAGGCACGUAUGUACCGUGUUGGAAAGCCAACAACUUCGACAUCAGCGUCUUUUAGACUUUCUUCGAACUGAGAGCCACUCGAGAGCACUCCCGAUCCGACAACGGACUCCGAGUUCGCAACCGCUGGAAGGAUGGGGGUUCUAGUAGCGCCCUUGCACGACGUAUACCAUGUUCCGAUUGUAAUCGGCGUACUUAUUGUCAAUGCGUUACUUUCUAUGUACGAGACAAAAGAAUGACGGUAUGCUUGAGGGUGUCAUAACUCUUUGGAUG